AUGAGCGACGAUGUGAUUUUGCAUUUGGUAGUCGUUGGCUUUCAUCACAAAAAGGGUAGCCAGAUCGAAUACGUCUUUCCACCAUUCGAGAAGGAAGAGCCGACCAAAUUGCCCCAAGAAUGGUCGAAUCUUCCGUCAUUAGCCCUACCAGACGGUGCUCAUAAUAUUGUCAGCGAUGUAGUAUAUUUCCUUCUCCCCUCAAGAGACGAUCCGGCCAAGGUUGUCUACGGAAUUUCUUGUUAUCGGCAAAUCGAAUCGGCGCACCUCGUUGCCAAAACCGACGAUGUGACGAGAAACACCGUCCUGAAAAGCGUCUGUGUCAUCUCGACAGUCCCGCUGUUUGGCUGCUUGAAGCUGAAAAUCAGCCUCCUCACCGAGGCUUACUUCAACGAGCGCGACUUUUCACAGAUUGACGUCCUCGCCCAAAUGUACCAAAAUUUGCUAGAUGUCUAUGAGCGAGAACAUAUUGCUGGCGAUGCGGCGGUGAUGGAUAUUUCCACCCGAGAACUCGUCCAACGCUUUCGCCAUUCUAUAAUAGUGCUAUUUAAACUUCUAUUGCUUGAAAAACGGGUAAUAUUCAGUGCGUUUCCGGUCCAGCUUCUCGGUGAUACGAUGCUAGCGCUUGCUUCUUUAUGUCCAAGAGUUGUUGAAGAAGGUUUGCUAUAUUCUGGAACUCCCCCACACCAGGAGCCAGAGCCCGAGAAAGUGCAAGAGGAGGAAGAGGAGCCGAAAAUUGAAGUCGGUGUUGAAGCUUCUACCUCCCAACCAGAAUUGACAGACCCACUCGCUGACGUUAAAGAUGGCUUUGGCUUCCCCUUGAGUAUCUUCACAACGGGAAAUUUGUUCCAUCCCUACGCCAGUAUCAACUUUCUCGACACCAUCCGCUCGACGGCGAUCCGCGGCUACACCAUCGGCGUCACAAAUCAAGUAUUUCUGCAGCGGAAGGGCAUUGCUGAUGUUGUAAUCACGAUUGACGACAAGAACUUCCCCAACAUCGAUAUACGGGAUCCAGAACUCCGUCGUGUUCUCAAACUGACGAAUCUCGACGCCAGAUUUGGCGACUAUCUGCUGAAAUCGGUGGAGCAGAAUUACCUCGAAGAAAGCGCUUGGCAAGGCAGUGACGAAUGGGUACGACUCCAAUUCAAGAACUAUCUGAUUUCGCUAGCAUUUGCCGCUCGAUCUGGCAAUUUGGAAAAACACACAGAUUUCUUCCCACCGUUCGUGGCGGCGUGGAUGGAAACGAAUAACUAUCGAAUACUAGCCCAAUGCACACCCGAGUUAUCAGCAGGCGAAGAAGGACAUGUCGGCGCCACUCUACCGCCUCGUGAAAUAGGCAUGAUGAUUGGAAAUGCGAUCAAAAGCAAUCCAAAAUUAAAUUCGUUUGUGAGCUGGUUCAAAGCGGCGGCCACGAGCGCUGCAUCGCAAAUGUCUGCUGCUGGCGAAAUGCCGAACUCUAAUUCCAACUUUUAUUUGGAAGAGGCGCAAGAAGCAAAAGAAAUUGUCGAAAAGCCAGCAGCUACAACAUCAGAACCCGAACAAAAGCCG